UGCAGACUGAAUUAUUUUUAUGGGGGUACUCUGAAACUCCCUCACUUUCUCUGGGAACUUUUUGUGCUAGGACGCAGUGACAGGCGGCGAGAAGGAUGCUUGAGAAAACACUCGCUAUAUAGCAGGGCAAUUGGACAGUCAUUGGUAACCUCGCUCAUUCAUUAGAAUCACGUAUGAACUCAAAGGGAAACGUGUCUCUCAAAACGAGGGCGUUUGCGUAAAUCUAUAGGUUUUCAACAUCGAUGCCAGUUGCUUUGUCUUCUGUAUUCGUCAAGGUGGUUGAGAGUUUAAGCUUGCGGAUAUUGCAAAGGGUUAUUAGAUUCAUAAGUCACACCAAGUGGUGGGCGAUCCACUGAGCAAAGCCGAACUUCUCACAUGAUGACUUCAAACAAGACACAUUACCUUCCAGCAUCUGUUGGAGAGACGAGAUUUUAAGACACUGAGUCUCCAGGACAGCAAAGCCACAAUGUUCCACCAGGUGAGAAGAGUGAUGACCAUCCUUUUCCUUACUAUGGUUAUUUCAUACUUCGGUUGCAUGAAGGCUGCGCCCAUGAAGGAGGCAAACGUCCAUGGACAGGGCAGCUUGGCCUACCCAGGUGUGCGGACCCAUGGGACUCUGGAGAGCGUGAAUGGGCCCAGGGCAGGUUCGAGAGGUCUGACGACGUCGCUGGCUGACACUUUUGAACACGUGAUCGAAGAGCUGCUGGAUGAGGACCAGAAGGUUCGGCCCAACGAAGAAAACCAUAAGGACGCGGACUUGUAUACUUCCCGGGUGAUGCUCAGCAGUCAAGUGCCUUUGGAGCCUCCUCUGCUCUUUCUGUUAGAGGAAUACAAAAAUUACCUGGAUGCCGCAAACAUGUCUAUGAGGGUCCGACGCCACUCUGACCCAGCCCGCCGUGGGGAGCUGAGCGUGUGUGACAGUAUUAGCGAGUGGGUUACAGCGGCAGAUAAAAAGACUGCAGUGGACAUGUCGGGUGGGACGGUCACGGUCCUGGAGAAAGUCCCGGUAUCAAAAGGCCAACUGAAGCAAUAUUUCUACGAGACCAAGUGUAAUCCCAUGGGAUACACGAAGGAAGGCUGCAGGGGCAUAGACAAAAGGCACUGGAACUCGCAAUGCCGAACGACCCAGUCGUAUGUUCGGGCGCUUACUAUGGAUAGCAAAAAGAGAAUUGGCUGGCGAUUCAUAAGGAUAGACACUUCCUGUGUGUGUACACUGACCAUUAAAAGGGGAAGAUAGUGGAUUUAUGGUGUAUAGAUUAUAUUGAGACAAAAAUUAUCUAUUUGUAUAUAUACAUAACAGGGUAAAUUAUUCAGUUAAGAAAAAAUAAUUUUAUGAACUGCAUGUAUAAAUGAAGUUUAUACAGUACAGUGGUUCUACAAUCUAUUUAUUGGACAUAUCCAUGACCAGAAAGGAAACAGUCAUUUGCGCACAACUUUAAAAAGUCUGCAUUACAUUCCUCGAUAAUGUUGUGGUUUGUUGCCGUUGCCAAGAAUUGAAAACAAAAAGUUAAAAAAAAAUAAUAAAUUGCAUGCUGCUUUAAUUGUGAAUUGAUAAUAAACUGUCCCUCUUUCAGAAAACAGA